AUGGAUUCCUUUGAUGAAAUGAUGGAAGAUGGAGCUACUUAUUCUCAGGCUGAACCACAAAAACCAGGAUGGUGCGAAAGAAAACAAGCCGUAGUACAAGAAGAAAUAAGGAGAAUGAAUCAAUUACCUGCAAAAAGUACCUAUGUUGCACAUCGUCUAAAGGUUCUUAAUAAAAUUCUGCAACUCAUGUCAGUUCAGAGAACUGUAUCUCAAGAGAAGGAGUUGGAGUUGCUUUUUGCUGGUCUUUCUUUGUGA